AUGUCUGUUAGCAAUAGUGAUACUCGUAGCCAGACUAAACAAAUUGUUUAUAAAGUGUAUACGUUUCUAAAACAACUGUCAACAAGACCAGAUUUAAGCGCCGAUUUUUUUAAAAAUACACAAAUACGUACUGCUGAAGCUUGUGGAUUGUCAGAGCGCACUGUCCGACGUAUUUGCUCCGAAGCAAAAUGUAAAGCCGAAGAUUCAACGUCAGUUAUGGUAUUUAGGUCUCCGCGCAAAGGUUACAAACGUGCGAAAAUUGUGUCGGAGCUCAACGAUUUCGACUCAGAUGUUGUUAGGAGAACUGUGCACGAGUUCUACGAUCGAGGUGAAUACCCAACUACACAAUUGAUAUUAAAUGCUUUAAGACAAAAAAUCAAUUAUUCCGGAUGCUUACGCUCGAUGCAAUAUCUGUUAAGGAAUUUGAAAUUUUCUCAUAAGAAGUGUAAUGAUGGCCGUAAAUUUUUUAUGGAGAAAAAUGACAUCGUUGCACUUCGAUGUAAAUUUCUUCGAGAAAUUUGUGCGUUGCGCGAAAUGAAAGAUGAUCGCCCAAUCGUUUAUAUUGACGAAACACGGGUUAACCAAAACCAUUCGGAGUCAAUGAUAUGGCAAAAUGAAUAUGGCACUAAAGGAUUGAAAGGAAAAGGAAGUAACAAAGUUAUUGUGUAUCAUGCUGGAUGUGCUCGUUACGGCUUUAUUCAAGGGUCCAAACUAGUAUUCCGUAGCAAUAUAUUAGGCAAUACCGCCGACUAUCACAGUCAAUUGAAUGCCGAAAUGUUUAAAAACUGGUUUAUUGAACUUUUAAACAAUCUGGAAGAACCGUCUGUUUUAGUAAUGGGUAAUGCGUCAUAUCAUUCGUUAUUGGUAGAAAACCACCCAAAAAGUAAUUGGAGAAAAUCGGACAUACAAAAAUGGUUAAGCGAAAAAAAUAUUGAAUUUCAUCCGCUUGAAACAUUACCGGAACUUCAUCAAAAAGUUAAAGCCUUGAUUCCGCGCCAAAAGAAAUACUUGCUUGACCAAAUUGCGUUAGAAAAAAACCAUGAAGUAAUACACCUACCUCCUCGUCACUGUCAAUACAACGCAAUAGAACUUAUAUGGGCCCAAGUUAAACGUCAAGUAGCAAAAAAUAACAAUACGUUCAAGAUGGUUGAUGUCGAACGUCUUACCCAUGAAGCGUUAGAUGCGGUAACCAAAGAGGAUUGGGAAAAUUGUGUAAGGCAUACCGAAAAACUACAAGAAUCGGAUCACCGAAAGGAAAUUCUUAGGGACGCCUUAAUGGAACCAGUAGUUUUGUCCAUAUUGCCCGAUAACAGCGAUUACAGUGAUGAUGAAUCAGAGAUAGAGCAAUUGGAAUAA